AUGGCCGACCUUCAGGUCGUCCUGAACAGUGUUGUAGGAGCAGCGCUCAGCUUUCAUGCCAGAGCGACCGCAAACGUCCCAUUAUGGCGUGAUGCGCGCAUCCUACCGGCGUACAUCGCCGGCCUGAGUGUAUUAAUAUUGGCUGCGCAAGGCGCCAUCUAUCUUGUCCGACGCGCGCGCACGAAGGGUGACCGGAGUUCAACUUCGACGACGGAGAGUAUACUCGCCGACCCGUCUACAACUUCCGCCUUCCGGAAACAUGUCAAGAGCCAUGGAGGGUUCGCGAUAUGGUUCUUUGCCGUGAUGCGGUUAGCGGCUAUACUUGUGCUGCUCGCACUGUACGCCGUGAGCUUUGCGGACGACGCAAAGAGUGCUACGCACGAGUUCGGCGGGGCUAGUCAGCCGCCGCACCAUCAAAGGCAUCUCGACGGAAUUCUGUGCGGGGUCUACGUCUACGCGUCCCUCCUCGCAGUACUGGCAGUUGCGGCCAAGCGCUCCUUCGCACACGCCGUUUCACCACAUCUGACAUGUGUUUUACUUGCUGCAUGCGCCGUGUACACCUACCGCGACAUCUGGCCCCUCAUGACCUUCCCGCUCUCCCCCGCCGACGCCUUAGACGCCCUCCUCUGGCCCAAAGUUGUACUUGUCUUCUUCACCGGUGUCUUCAUACCUCUCUGCCAACCACGACAAUAUGUACCCCUCAACCCGACUAAACCGCAAGAGGCGGUGAACCCAGAGCAGACAGCCAGUGUACUGAGCCUCACGACGUACACGUUCCUCGACGAUAUCGUCUUCCGUGCUUAUCGCAUGCCGCACUUCCCGUUCGAGCAGUUGCCACCUCUUUGUGACUAUGAUCGGACGGAGGAGCUCGUACCACGGACGUUCAAGUACCUAGACACGUUCUCGGGCGCGCGCAAGGAGCAUAUGUUCAGGAGCCUGAUGCGCAUAUUCUUCAAAGAAUACUGUAUCUUGACGCUCAUGGUCAUCGGACGUACACUGAUGUCAUUCCUUUCUCCCAUCGGUAUCAACCGCCUGCUCGCCUACAUCGAAGACGGUGGUCAAGAUGCUCUCGUCCGUCCUUGGGUCUGGAUGACAUUCCUCUUCCUCUCACCUUUCAUGAUGUCCCUCCUCUUCCAGUGGUACAUCUGGAUCACGACAUCAUCACUCGUUCGAGCACAGAGCUUCGUAACCCAGCUCAUCUUUGAACAUGCGUUGAGAAUGAGGAUCAAGGCGGACUCGACUGAUGCGAAGGGAGGCGAAGCGAAGAAGGGGAAGGGUAGCACCCUGCAGGGCCGGAUCACGAACUUGGUUACAAGCGAUCUUGAGAACAUCAUCAACGGGCGCGACUUCCUGCAGAUUUUUGUCUUCGCGCCGCUUCAAUGCGUUAUCAGCAUAUACGGGCUGCAUUUACUGUUGGGCUGGAGUGCUUUCGUGGGCUUGGCGGUCAUGCUCGUAUGCUUCCCAUUCCCGGGCUUGAUUGUGCGCAAGAUGCAGGGCAUGCAGAAGGAAGUCAUGAAGAAGACGGAUACGCGUGUGUCUGCUGUGACAGAGAUGCUCUCCGUUCUGCGCAUGGUCAAGCUGUUCGGCUGGGAGCAAAAGAUGUCAGAACAACUGUCGGAGAAGCGUGCUGCCGAGAUGCAAUGGGUGCGCAAGCGCGAGUUUGCCUCGCUGGCCAAUACCGUCGUGAACUACAUCAUCCCUGUGCUCGUCAUGGUCUCAUCCUACGCGACGUUCACAUUGGUCAUGAAGCGCCAACUCAGCCCGAGCAUAGUCUUUUCGAGCAUGAGCAUCUUCGAUAUGCUCCGCGGCCAGCUCGGUCAGGUCGUGCUCCGCAUCCCGAGUCUUAUCCAAUCGAAGGUGUCUUUGGACCGUGUUACGGAGUUCUUGCACAACACGGAACUUCUCGACGCCUACUCCGAGCAAGACAAACAAACGCUAUCCCCGUCACACGUCGAGCCCGACGCAAUCGGCUUCACAGACGCGUCCUUCCGCUGGACAUCUGAACCCGACGACGGCACGCUCACGCCCUCUCGACGCUCAUUCACUCUGCGGAUUCCUGGUGACCUACACUUCGUGCGCGGAGGGUUCAACCUCGUCGUCGGCCCAACGGGCUCAGGCAAGACCUCUCUGUUGAUGGCGCUGCUCGGGGAGAUGCACUUCAUACCUGCUGCCCCUGGAGGAUGGUACAAUCUCCCUCGUACAGGCGGGAUCGCGUACGCAGCACAGGAGAGUUGGGUACAGAAUGAAACGAUCAGGGACAACAUCCUCUUCGGCUCGCCUUACGACCCUGACCGAUACAACAAAGUCAUCCACUCAUGUGGCCUCAAGCGCGAUCUGACGUUGUUCGAGGCUGGGGACAAGACGGAAGUGGGAGAGAAGGGCUUGACGCUGAGUGGAGGGCAGAAGGCGCGGAUCACGUUGGCAAGAGCGAUGUAUUCGUCGGCAGAGGUUCUGUUACUUGACGAUGUGCUCGCGGCGCUCGACGUGCAUACUGCGCGGUGGAUCGUGGAGAAGUGUUUCAAGGGCGAUCUCGUCAAAGGGCGGACGGUCAUCCUCGUAACGCACAACGUCGCUAUGGCAAGCCCAUUGGCGGACUACGUCGUCUCUCUCGGUAUGGAUGGGAGCAUUGCUAGCCGAGGGUCCGUCAGCGACGCAUUGGCGCAAGAUGAGACGCUGCGAGCGGAUGUCGAGGGACAGGAAGAGGAGCUGGCGAAGGAUGAGGAGGUGCUGGACAACGAGUCGCCCGGAAAGCCUGCGAAGGAUUCUGCGGAUAAGAAGGCGGACUCUGCGCCAGCGAAGGACGGGAAGCUUGUUCUCGCGGAGGAGGUCGCGCUCGGGCACGUCACGUGGUCGGCUCUAAACCUCUUCUUCAGCGCGCUCGGCGGGGAACACAGUACUCUCUUUUGGACGGGUUUCCUUGGCCUACUCGCGCUCUCGCAAGUCUUGGCGGCUGCACAAACAUGGGAACUUGGAUACUGGGCGGAGCAGUACACACUUCACACCGAUCCGGCCGACGUCAGUGUACCUCUGUACCUUGGCCUCUUCACGAUACUGCUUCUCGCGAGUCUCAUCGCACAGAGUGGCUCGAGCGGCAUCUUUGUCUUCGGCCUCAUCCGUGCCGCUAAGCGUAUCCACGCGCAAUUGAUUAGCGCCGUACUCGGCACAACUCUCCGCGUUCUCGACGUCACGCCUACAUCCCGGUUUAUGGCGCGUUGCACGCAGGACAUCCGAUCCGUCGAUGGGCCCGUGGCAAGCGAGUUCCGCGCACUCGUCGAGAUCUUUGCACAGAUGCUCGUGAAGCUUAUAGCCAUUGUACUCGUCACACCCGCCUUCCUCUUGCCCAGCGUCUUUCUGUUUGCUCUGGGAGGCUACGCCGGCAACGUCUACAUGGCCGGACAACUGAGCGUCAAGCGUGAGAUGAGCAACGCACGUGCACCGGUACUCGGGCAUUUCGGCGCAGCCAUGGGCGGCCUACCCAGUAUACGCGCGUACGGUGCCCAGGCCGCCUUCCGCCUCGAAAGCUAUAGGCGCAUCGACAACUUCUCACGCGCAGCGCGUACAUUCUAUAACCUCAACCGCUGGGUCAGUCUCCGGAUCGACGCUCUAGGCGGCGCAUUCGCUGCGCUCCUCGCUGGCUACCUUGUGUACGGCCCACAAACGACCGGCGCUAACAGCAUCGGGUUCAGUUUGAACAUGGCCGUGGGAUUCAGCGGGAUGAUCUUGUUCCUGGUCAGGAUAUACAAUGCCUUUGAGGUGGACGGGAAUAGUUUGGAGAGGAUUCAGGCGUACACGGAGAUCGAACAGGAGGAGAAGCCGAGCAAGAAGGGGGUACCGCCUGCGGCGUGGCCGAGUAGUGGGGAGUUGGUUGUUGAGGGACUGUCGGCGCGUUACUCGCCGGACGGCCCGCGAGUGCUUCACGACCUCAAGUUCACUGUCAAGUCCGGCGAACGCGUCGGCAUCGUCGGGCGCACCGGCAGCGGCAAAUCCUCCCUCACUCUCUCCCUCCUUCGCUGCAUCUGCACCGAAGGUACAGUCCUGUACGACGGCAUCGACACGAAGAAUGUGAACCUGGAUGCACUCCGUGGUGCAGUCACGAUCAUCCCACAAGUGCCCGAACUGCUGAGCGGCACCUUGCGCGAGAACCUUGAUCCAUUCGGACAACAUGACGACGGCGCGCUGAACUCUGCUCUGCGUGCAGCCGGUCUAUUCAGUAUACAGGAUGAAGAGGACGAAGGGCGCAUCACACUCGACAGUCAGAUCAGUGCAGGUGGAGGCAACCUCAGUGUCGGCCAACGGCAGAUCUUGGCACUUGCGAGGGCGCUUGUAAGAGGGAGCAAGCUGCUGAUUCUCGACGAAGCAACGAGCAGUAUCGACUAUGAGACGGAUGCGGUCAUUCAGAGGAGUCUGAGGACGGAGCUAGGCGGGGAUGUUACGCUUUUGACGGUAGCGCAUCGAUUGGCGACGAUCAUGGAUGCGGAUAAGAUCAUGGUGCUGGAUGCGGGACGUCUGGUUGAGUUUGAUGCACCGAGAGUUCUGCUCGAGAAGGACGGUGGGUAUUUGAAGGCGCUCGUAGACGAGAGUGGUGAUCGAGACGCGCUUUAUGGGAUGGCUCACGGGAAAGGAGACUUGCCUUAG